UCGAAGCACAAGGCUGUUAGUCGGUGGUACGUGCAGCAUUCCCUACGUGGCCUCCGUGUACCGCCCCGUGCUUCCCCGCAGCGCGUCAUUCGCUCGUUCGAUUUUUCAAAUUUGAUAACAACCUUUUCCCCGUGGCUGCGGCAUCGCGCCUCUAGAAUCAAGCAUCCUAUUCUGCUGGCCGUCUUCGUAGACUCCGAGUCCUGCCUUUUUCAUCCGCAGAAGCCCACCGCGCCGCGUUACGCGGCCGUGUCAUCAUGGCGCUCGCAGCAGCAGCAGAGGCAUGCCUUCCAAUCCGCUGCAUCGGCUUCAUCACCCUCCUCCUCCUGGGGAUCACCGCGCAAUCCACGGUAGCCGGAGAGAGAUUAAUGAAAGAAAGGACGAUCCCGGAAGGAAACGGGAUCUCGGAACCAUCUCCUUUCUCGGCGGAGGGCACGGGCCAACAGACGGCGCUUCGAAGCGCGCUACUACGCGGAGGGUCCAAGGGCAUUGAGAUCGUUCUCGCGAGUCCAGGUGCUUGUACCGAGCUGCCUUGUAGCGAGUUGGUCAAGAGCCGCUGCAGAGUGGUGGAUCUGGGUCAAGGAGCACUGUUCCUAUGUGGUAACCAGACCGAUGGCGUUACACGCAAUGGGCCCGACAGCAAUAUAGAUGAUGGCGCAAGGACAUCCACCAACGAGGCCUCGCCUGAGCUGUGCUGCUUCAGCGGUCACAAGCUGACCUUGGACGACUACUUCCAUAUCAUGAUGGCAGCAGCAAGAGCAAAACAAGAAUCGGAGCACUUGGAUUUGGAGGGGGAGCUAUACGACACAGAAAUGAAUCAAUACAAGAACGACGACCAAUGGAUGCUUGUGUCCUCAACGGUCAAUGCGUUUGUCGUCGUUGCACGCAUGUGCAUUGUAGCAUGCUUCGUUUUCUUCGUUCUGCGCAGAAUAGAGCGCUCCCGAUGUGAAGAGGAGCUUUUGCCCUAAUAAACUUUGUACCAUAGAUGAGUUGAUUUUUAUUCGUUUGCACACUCAAUC